AUGUUAACUUAGGCAAUAGCUAGAAAUUUGCUUUUGAAGCACAAAUAUGGUUUUUCAACCAUUCCCAAAUGGGCUACAUGCGAUCCCUAUACUUUGAGCGAAUCUAAACCCUACACACUUUAGAAUUUAGUUAGUGGAAAGUGGAAAGAUGCCAAAGAAUACACCACUGUCGUAGACCCUAUGAAUGGAGACAAAUUCUUAAGAGUUCCUGACACUAAGGGAGACGAAAUUAAUGAAUUUAUUGUUAAUGCAAAGAAGGUUCCCAAAUCUGGUUUGCAUAACCCCAUUAAGAACCCAGAAAGAUAUUAAUUAUAUGGCAAUGUUUGUGGUAAGAUUGCAGAAGAAAUGAAAAAACCUGAAAUUGAAAGCUUCCUUUGCAAGGCAACCCAAAGAGUCAUGCCCAAGAGCGAUGUCUAAAUUAAGGGAGAAAUUGUUGUUACUCGUAGAUUCUUUGAAAACUUUGCAGGUGAUAAUCCUAGAUUCUUAUGCCGUUCUUUCAACGUAGCUGGUGAUCAUCAAGGACAACAAUCUUCUGGAUACAGAUGGCCUUACGGAUCUGUUGCAUUAAUUGCUCCUUUCAAUUUCCCAAUCGAAAUUCCUUGCCUUUAAUUAUUUGGAUGCUUAAUAGCUGGUAAUAGACCCACAUUAAAGAUUGACUCUAAGGUUUCUUUGGUAAUGGAAUAAUUCUUAAGACUUGCUAUCGAUUGUGGUAUGCCUGCUGAAGAUGUUGAUUUGAUUCACUCAGGUCCUCAAGCAAUGGAAAAGAUCAUCCUUGACACUAACUACAGAGUUAUUUAAUUCACAGGUUCUUCAACUGUUGCUGAAAGAUUAAGCAAGCUUACUCAUGGUAAAGUCAAAAUUGAAGAUGCUGGCUUUGACUGGAAAAUACUCGGACCUGAUGUUUCUGAUAUUGAUUAUGUUGCUUGGUAAUGCGAUUAAGAUGCCUACGCUGCUUCUGGCUAGAAGUGUUCUGCAUAAAGUAUUUUAUAUGCCCAUGAAAAUUGGAUGAAGGCUGGCUUUGUUGAUAAGAUUAAAUCUUUGGCUGCCAGAAGAAAACUUUCUGAUUUGACUGUCGGACCUGUUUUGACUUGGGAUAACUAAAAAAUUAAGAACCACAUAGAUUCAAUUCUUGCAUUACCUGGAGCAAAGGUCUUAUUUGGUGGCAAGCCUUUGACUAAUCACUCAAUCCCAUCAAUAUACGGCUCAUACGAACCCACUGCCAUUUUUGUUCCUUUAGAAACUAUCUCUAAAAACUUUGAUAUUGUUUGCAAAGAACUCUUUGGACCCUUCUAAAUUGUCACAGAAUAUAAAGAUAACUAAUUGGAUACUGUUUUAUCCCAUUUAGAAAAGAUGGAAAACCAUUUGACUGCUGCAGUUGUUUCUAAUGAUGUCAAAUUCCUUAACUAUGUUACUUCAAACACUGUUAAUGGAGUUACCUACACUGGUAUUAGAGCUAGAACUACAGGUGCUCCUUAAAACCACUGGUUCGGUCCUUGUGGUGAUCCCAGAGGUGCAGGUAUCGGUACUCCUGAAGCCAUCUUAUCUGUUUGGACUUCUCACAGAGAAAUUAUUACUGACAUUGAUAUUCCUAAGAACUGGAAGGUUCCUCAAGCAUCUUGA